UACAUUUCUCUGUCACUCCUUAUAUAAAACUAGCGUAUUUAUAAAUUAAAAAAUGAAUUUACGAGACUAUGCAAUCAUCUUCUUUAUAUGGUACAGAAAUAUGGCAUACAUCCUCGCCCAACAAGGUCUUCCAUUUGAAUCUAUACUCCUUGAAUCUGCGGAAAUGCGAUUUUAUCACCAUCGUAGAUUGAAAAAUGAGGGAACCGAAAUUCACGAAUUUUGUCGUGAGCAAGGAGAAGGAUUGGUGCAGUUACAUACACCUACAUUGGAAACAUUUAACGCGUUUAAAAAUUACUUGAAAAAAAAAACUAAAUACACGGAAGUUGGAUACUGGUUGGCAUAUAAGGACGAUGAGAAUGAAGGAGAUUGGUACACUCCCGAAAAAGUGCCGGUACCGGAGUAUUACAGAUGGAAAGAUGGUGAACCAAACGGAAGCAAAGAACAGAAUUGUUUGUGUCUAAAGCACGAAUCAAUCAACAUGGCGGAAUCAGUCAACAUGGCGGUAUAUGAUGUUGACUGUGACUUAGAAGAUAACAUGGUUUAUGCUGCUUGCUACAGAAAGAUUUCACCACCGACUAUUGAAUUUGUUGAAGAACAAGAAUGUUCAAAUGUAUUAAACAUACGAUGGAAGCCAGAUGAUGAAUCGUUAGAUUUAAAAUACAGAAUAACGGUAGAACCGGAAGAAAAUACUCACAAUCCUAUAAUACGAGAUGAGAGAGUUAUGGAGAAAGGUACGAGAACAACUUCGAUAAGUGAGGUUAAAAGAGGAAAUAUCUAUAAUAUAGUGGUCAGUGUAUGUAUUGAUGAAUGUUGUUGUGGAAUGAUGAGAGCUGUUCACAAAACAGAGAAAAAGUUCGGUGGGAAUGCUCCUCCGUUACUUAAUCCGCAUAUAAAACAGAUAGGCAUUUGCCAUUUGAAGUGGGAAGUUCCAGAAGGAAUAGCAAAGGAAGAUGUGAUCAGUACCAAACUAACGUUAGCAUCAAGUCCAGCACAUCUUCGCGAUGUAAGCGAAGAUGCUUUGAACAAACGUGAGAUAGUGAGAGUUGAAGGACAACUUGAACAUUUGUUUAAACCAGAAGCUAAUCGUGAAUAUGUCGUGUGGGGUCAACUAGAAACAUGCGGAGGAUUUGGCGACAAAAUACAGAUUGAAGGAAAAUGCUCAGGAAACACGAAACUGACAACAAAAUUCUUCGUUCCGAAAAUUCCAAAUCCAUCUAUAGUAUUUGUAGCAAACGGUCUAAAGGUUCAAAUUGGAUUUCCUGAUGAUAAUAGUCCAGUGGGAAGUUGUAUUUUUCUUCUAAUACAACCGAUGCCCGCAAACGCUCGAAUGGAGUCUUCUGGAUAUAGCAACGAUUACAAAAUAGAAGAUUUAAAAGCUGCAAGUGGGAAUCCACCAGGAACGAAAACACCGUACAUCGCAUCAGCAUUAGAUAGGUCUAAAAUAACCAGAGAUUUUGUUGAAAUCGCACUUGGAAUGGGCGAAACGACUACGUGUAGCGUGGGAGCGGGAAACCCAAUUAAAGGCCAAAACUAUGAAUUAAAAUCGGAAUGGUCGUACAGUUUCUUUGUUGUUACUUCGACGCCUACUUCUAAAGAUAAGCCAAUGGGUUUUAUAGAUGCUAUCGCGAGUGUGGGUUCGUCCAGCAUUGUCCAGGUUCUAAGUCGAAGUGCAUCGUGUGAAAUGUCGAGUUCGUUACUGAUAGAGGCAGAAGAAAAUCCCGGAAGUUCGCCAGAUAUAACUGUCACUGGUCCGAGUUCUGGAUGUAGCAGUGCUGGUAACGUGAUAGCUGGAAUUCUCGGUUUUCUGUUUUUUGUUGUGGUCGGAGCCUCAGGGUUUUAUGUUGCAAAAUCAAAGAAGUCUAAGGAAGAUGGCAAAAAAGAUGAAGAAGAGGAGGAGGAAAAAGAGGAAGGCGAAGAGGAAAAAGAAGAUGAAGACAAAGAAACGCAAGAAAACGAUGAUACCAGUAGGAAACCAAAGAAAAAGAAACAUAAAGAUAAAGAGCAGGAAAGAAAUAAAGAACAAUCUGAAGAUAAGAAAGAGAAAGAUGAAUCACAUGAAUUGUUACCAAGAAAAUAUUCAUCUACCAAGCUAAGGGGACCAAGUUCUGGAGUUGAAAAAAGGCACUUAGACAUGGAAUUUACCUGCAAACUUGAUCAUCAAAAGAAUAGAAAUGGAAUAAUGGAUUUACCGAAAGAUGUUCAAGUUAUGAUUCUACAAAAGCUUCCUUAUAAGGAGCUUAUUCAGCUGCUGAAAGUUUCAAAGUAUUUUGAAAAUCUCAUCAAAAAUGAAGCACCUGGUCUUCUACAAAAUAUCACAUUACCGGAUAUUUUUUUGAAUGCUGAAAAUAGCAAAGCACUCGCUUGGCUUGCAUCAAAAGGUAACCUUGAAGCCAGUAUUAAACUCGGAUUUGCACAUUUAUAUUUUGAUGGAUUGGUUGAUUCCGCCCGUGUUCGUCAACAAAACAGUUUAAUAGCAGCUAAAUAUUUUUGUGAAAUGGAGCAAAAUAGCCGACUCAAAUUGCCAAUAACUUGGGUCUUCAUUCGUCCACCGUGGUCUGCUGCUUCUGUUUGUCGAAAAGCUUUUGUUUUCAAACAAUUAUCAAAAGCAGUUGAUGAUGGUAAUAAUCAUCCUAAUUUGUUAUAUUGCAUUGGGAAAGUAUUGCAGUUAUUUGAAGAUGAUUUAGAGAAGCGUCAAUCUGCAAAACAAUGGUUUCAACGUGCAGCCGAUGUCGGUCUUCCUAAUGCAAUGCAUGAAUUAUGGUGCAUGGAACUUGAAGAUAUUGAAGGUUUUUCUUCCAUAGAAAGCUUCGUUUCAUCAAGAAGUCCUGGACUUCGAUUAUCAUUGAUUCGAAAAUUAAGGAAAAUUGCCGCUGCUGGACAUAAGCCUGCACAAAUGCAGUUAUGUCGAUUAUAUGCAAUGGGAAAUUAUGGGGGAUUGCCAAUGGAGGUUGCACUAGAUUACACAAAAAAUAUAAUUCAAAAAUCUUCAUUAAAGCAAAUUAAUCAGAUACCAAAGUAUCAAGAAAAUGUAACCGGUAGUAUGAGAUACAUCCUUGUUGACUGGUUAAUUGAAGUAGCAACAAUGAAAGAUUUUGGCAGUGAAAUGUUACAUACAACUGUCAGAUGCGUUGAUAGAUAUUUGUUAUUACGACAAGUAUCAAGAUCACGUCUUCAACUUUUAGGAAUAGCUUGCAUGGUAAUCUGUACCAGAUACAUGGAAAGAGAUGUCUUGACAAUUCGAGAAGCAGUUUGGCUGACUGAUUCAACGUAUAAAUAUAACGAGCUCGUGCAAAUGAUUGAAGACGUUGUUGCAACGUUAAAUGGAAAUAUUAAAGAAAUGACAAUGUAUGAUUAUCUAUCAAUAUUCUUAAAUUCAAAUACUCUUGACAGAAAAAGUCAGGAUAUUGCAAGAUUCAUUGCAGAUGCUAGUUUACUUCAUGUUGACAUUGUGAGUCUCCCUCCUGGAAUUUCUGCUGUUGCUGCAGUAUUUCUUGCAAAUUUUACUGCAAACCCCAGCAAUCCAUGGCCUUCAAAACUAUUAAAACUAUCUGGAUAUACUUUAGGAGAAUUAUUUCCAACCACAAUUGAAAUUUAUGAGAAAUGUUUGGAUAAAGAACCACCGACUGAUUUUAGAAACAGAAAACUUGACGCAGUAGAAGAACGAUAUAGUCAAUGUCGGUAUGGCUCAAUCAAAAGAACGCAACUCGUCACACACGAACAACUUAUUUCUUAUAUGCAAAUUACUUGUGAAUAUGAUUCACCGGAAUGUAUCAACACUCCAUGUUGCAGUCAUUCUGUAACUAUUUCCUCAGAAGUAAAAUUAAAAGAAGAUCAUAUAGAUUCAACUCCAGAAUCUGAAAAAUUGGACUAUUUUGAUUUAGUGAUGUCUACAGAAGAAGAUGAAAUUGAAUCUUCAGAAGAGUCCGAUCUUGAGACAGACACUCCACCGACGUUAUCAUCAGCGUAUUUGAUGAGAACAGAUACAAAAACAAGGAAAAGAAUUACAGCUAAUCGUCUUGCUGAAUCAAAAUCUGCAGAAAAUUUGCCAGCAACCUCUAGUUCUAAAAGCAAAAUCACUAAAUUGUUACCCAAAAAGCGAAGUAUGGAUAAAUCUAAGCCUUGCAUGACGGUUAAUGAUAAAGAAAAUAGGUUAUCAGUACCCUGUGCCAAUAAAAUUGCACCAUAUAAUGCAAAUGAAGCUGUUUAUAAAGAGAAAUCUGCUAAAAUAAAUGGUAUAAAAGAAAGAACUAAUAAUGUGAAAUUGUCUAAAUCAAGAAGUUCUAGAUCACCUCGAAUGAGAAUGUAAUUUCAAUUAAAAGGUUUCUUGAAAUUGUUCAUUAAAUAUGAACUUCAAUAUGAAUUGGAGUUUGUUUUUCUGUAAUAUCUGUAUUUGAAGUGAAUUAUCAUAUUCAUCAAACUGUCCAGAGUUAUCGCUCAGUCAGACCAGAAAUAUAGCAAUAUGAAAGGAUAUCUAAAUAUUAAAUUCAAUAGAAUUAAAAUCUCAAUACACACAUAUAUGAAUAGCCUAUACAUUUCUGUUUCUAUGGACCUUUUUAAUAUUCGAAAUAUAUCUAAACAACAUGCCAAUUGCCAAUUUAUAUAUUGCUAUAUUUUUAAUGCGUUUAAUAUGUUGGUGUUGAGAUUUGAGCCAUUUUUUUGUGCUCAUCAUUUUGUACUUCCCGUUGUUUUAUUCAACUUCUGUGUUAUUUUUUUCUUCGAAUGAAAUUUUUCAAUCUCAAAAUGAAAUGUUUUCUCCUUCAUACCUAUUAUUAUUGUUAGUUUCUUUAUUUUUCUUCUUUCAUUAAACAGUCAUUCUUUACAUUGUAGUGUCUUUUGUAUGUAAUGAAUGUGCAUUUGUUUGCCAAUUAUAUCAUAAGAACAUUUAUGAUAGCUACUAAGCUUUGUUUUUGCAAUGUAUACGGUAUGUUUUUUUGCAAGAUUGUUUAUAAUUGGUCCUUUUUUCGUCAUCAAUUUAUUUAAUUCAAUAAAUGUUUAUUUCUUUUGCAAUACAAUACGGUGGUAUUGAACAAAUAAUAUUUUCAUUCUAAAAUGCUAGUAUCACUUCUUUGAUUGAGUUCUCAGAAUGAGGCAGGGGUUCCACUUGACUAAGGUUAUCUGAUAUCAUGGUAAUUUCAAAUGGACUGAGGACCCUUCUUAUCAGCCCUAACUUUCCUAAAUAAUCUACGUUUUUCAUAUUAUAUAUUGGACCUCCUGGAGUAUGCGCACCAAAAUGGCGCACAGCCUGAACUCUGGUUGUGUACCAGGUUAGGGUUCAGGUUAUGCCACAUCCUGGUGCGCAUACUUCAGGAGCACCGAUAUAUUUCUACGGCUUAUGCUCCAAAUAAGGCAGUGGACAAGUAGACACUGCUGGGUAAAGGGUGGAAGUGAGUUGCGACUGGAAUCUUUUCUCUUCGGCAUUAUCUACCCAAUUUAUCAGUGAAGUUGUGGGCAUGAGGCUUGAACCAUGAGUCUGCAGCCUGCAAUCUAAAUCUAAUUCCUUAACAACCAGGCCAUCAUGCUCACACUAGACAAUGUUUAUAUGAAAGUUCUCUCACGUAGCUAUGAAUGGGAUUGUAAUAUGCCUGUUUACUGAUCCCAAAUUUUAUCAACCAUCCAGGAAAUGUGUCUAAGAUAUCACUCAUUUUUACAUCCCAAGUUAGAAAUGCAUUGGCAUAUUUCAGGCUAAUACUGAUCCCAAUUUGCUUGAAUUAGGUAACUGAUUACAUUAUCUGAAAGAAGAUGAUAUUGCCACUUUUAUUCUCUCAAAGAUAUAACACACAAUAUUUUCCCAUUCAUUUUAUCUAUAAAUCCAUGUGUAUUUGCAUAUUAAUAUCCGUCUUAUGCCACCUCAUGGUCAGAGUAAUUAAUGCCUCUUAUUUCCUUAGAAUUUCUUUAUUUAAUUAACCAAUCAAUUUUACACUGCCUUCAGUUGUUUUAUUCUCUGUCCAACUGAUUCAAUGCUUUUUUCUUAAGUAAUUAGCAUAUAUGUAUAUUUUGCAAUUAUUCAACUUUGUGUGUAAUAAGCAUUUUUUGCUCAUGAUAUUUGUAUUUUGUAUUUAAUAG